CGAAGAACAAUCCUGUCUUCUCAACCUCCCCAAAGUCCAUUGCAAUUUGCAUAUUACAUUACCACUCCAAUUCAAACACUGCCACUCUUAGAGUUUUAACUUCUAAGGCCUCUCUCUCUCUCUCUCUCUCUCUCUCUCUCUCUCUCUCUGUAUUUGCGUGUGGUUAUUUGGCAAACACCCACAUGGCUGUUCUUCACAAGGUUGCAUCUUUUUCCUCUCUACACUCACCCUUUAGCAGAAACUACAAUUUUCUUAACCGCCGCCACCCAAUUUCUUCAUUGAACUGCAGCUCUUCAUCUGCUUCACCCUUCACAGAGAAGCAUUCCGUAGAGCGGUACCAAAGGGACAAAUGGCUGUACGAGAAUCGGCUGGGGCAAACGAUGUCGUGUCCACCUCCUUCUGAUUCAGGAGCUAUAAGGGAGGAUGACAUAACUCUGCAACUGCCAGAGCUAAAGAAGCUGCUUCAGGUGCUGAGGGAAAAGAGAGAGAGUGAAGGGAAGUGCAAGGAAGAGAAGUGUGCGCCGGGGAAUGUGUUCUUGGUUGGAACAGGGCCUGGGGAUCCUGAGCUAUUGACUCUGAAGGCUGUGAGAGUGAUGAAGAGUGCUGAUUUGUUGUUAUAUGAUAGGUUGGUGUCCAAUGAUGUGUUGGAUUUGGUUGGCCCUGAUGCUAAACUUCUCUAUGUUGGAAAAACUGCUGGAUACCACAGCAGAACCCAGGAGGAAAUACAUGAGCUUCUUCUGAGUUUUGCAGAAGCUGGCGCGACUGUUGUGAGACUUAAAGGGGGUGAUCCAUUGGUGUUUGGGAGGGGCGGGGAGGAAAUGGAUUUUUUACAACAGCAAGGUAUCCAAGUGAAAGUUGUUCCAGGUAUAACUGCAGCAUCUGGAAUAGCAGCAGAGCUGGGGAUUCCAUUAACUCACCGUGGUAUUGCAAAUAGUGUGAGAUUCCUCACAGGGCACUCAAGGAAAGGAGGAACUGAUCCUCUCUUUGUAGGAGAAAAUGCUGCUGAUCCUGAUUCUACCUUGGUAGUUUAUAUGGGUUUGUCAACCCUCCCUUCUCUUGCACAGAAACUGAUGCAUCACGGUUUGUCCCCUCAGAUCCCAACUGCAGCCAUUGAGCGAGGAACCACACUUCAGCAGCGCACGGUGUUUGCAGAACUAAAGGACCUUUCUGAGAAAAUUACAUCUGCUGGGUUGGUGUCACCAACACUGAUUAUAAUAGGAAAAGUUGUUGAACUAUCGCCAUUUUGGCCAAUUUCUACAAAAGAAGAAUCUUUUUUAUGCAUGCAUGAUGGAUGAUGUUGAGAAAUAUUACUGUGAAGCUUGUACAGAAUGAGGGGUAAUGGUCCAAGUAAUUUGGAUGUAUAUUCACAAGGGGUGGGAAAGCAAUAAAGCUAUCUGAUAUUUAUGGAAAUGCAGAGCUUGUGCCCUGGGUUUGGGGUAUCUAUUGGAGUGGUUGGACUUGUGCUGAAGUGUUUCAGAACCAAUUUUUAUUUUGCAUGUUCCAGAUGGGGGAUAAAACAAAGUAACACACAGAUUUUACUCUCAUUUUUUUAUAGAGAAGCAAAGUAAUACGCAGGUUUCUAUGGCUGCAGUUAUCGGGAUAGAGUUACUUAUUCCUUGGUCAUUGGGUGAAAAAUUGUGCCAUGAGCUAUUUAGCAUCAUUCUUUCAUGGAGAAACACGGAGAUAAGUUUCAAGAUGUGAUUUUGUUCGUUCAAUUUGUUGGGGUCAUUCCAUCUAUUACCAUUUUUGUGUUCUUGUCACUUGCUAGUUAAGCAUGUUGCCUACAUCAUGUAAACUUGCAGGCUGUUAUGAGAACUCUGUUCUUGUUUGCAUGUGAUUAGUGCUAUGCUCUCAGUGUAGUUAUG